AUGUCCCAAGCCCCAAAGAACCCGGUGAUCUGGUCACAGAAGGCAGGCAAGGCCGACCCCAGCAGCGGGGCCCCCAGGCCCCCCACUGCUACCCCAGCCAAUCCUCCUCCUCCCGCGGGAGAAUCCGUUACAUCCGCGUCCAAGUCAAAAGACCCCAAUGCAAGUGAUCUGACCCAGCCCGCUAAAGCCCCCGGCAAGAGCGCCGUACCAAAGGAACCCAAGACAAAGGGCACCAAGUCGGCGGUGAUCGACGUAGAUGCAAGCCCAGCUCAAAGGCUGACUGAUGCAAUCCCACCCGCCUUGCUUAGUGCACUAGGCCCUGACUACAUCAAGAGCCUUGGCUCCAAAUUAGUGGAGUCCUUAAACAAACCAAUCACGGUAAAGAACCCGCUCGCCAACAACGGGGCAACCCCAGAAAUCCACCCGGCCUUGGGUACGUCCGAAGAGUGCAAGAUGAUCAGCAGAAAAGCAAUCAAAGCCAAACUGGCAGGCAAGACAGCAACUGCAAAUGCGCUGUUCAACCUCUAUAAGGCUAUGUCAACCCCCAAGGCCAACGCUCAACUGGCAAACCCGGUCAUCAACCAGGGCGUAAUUGCAAGCACCAACCCAGGCUUCGGCGGGGGCGGUGGACGAGAGCGCCACAAGAAGAAGUCAGGCUACAAGGGCUUGAACUUUGACCCCAACUAUGUUGACAAAAGAGCCGGUAACUCAUCCAACCGCGAUUGCGGAGCUUCCCACAGCAACGGUGCCAAAGGCUCUAACCACAAGAAGGGCAGCCAGGGCGCAAAACCUAAUGCAGAAUCAGCCCAGUAG